AUAUGGGUGCUUAGCAUCAUCUAUAGAGAGUGCAAAAUUCCAUAAUUUGGAGGAGUCAAACAAAAGAACAUUAUGGAAGUAGUGCAAAUUGUGUCAAGGGAAACAAUCAAGCCAGCAGGAAAUUGUAGAACAAAGUUGAAGAAUGACCAAAAAACCUUCAAAGUUUCAUUCAUGGACAUGCUGUCCCCUGAAUGUUACAUUCCCAUCACUUUCUUCUACCCCAUGAAUGAAACUAAUUGCCAUUUCAACAAAGAAGAAACAACUUGUAGAUUGAAACUUAGUCUCUCAAAAGCUUUGGCUCAGUUCCCAAUUCUUGCUGCAAGAAUCAAAGGCAACCUUAUCCAUUCCUAUGAUGGUGAUGAGGAUGAGGAUGAGGAUGAGGAUGAUAUUAUCAUUGGUGCUCUCUUUGUAGACGCCAAUAUCCAAAUCACCAUGGCCGAAUUUCUCAAAUCCCCAAAUCUCAAUUUGCUUCCAAAAUUCCUUCCUUUUCCUUUCCUUUCAAACCAACCAUUAGAGAGAGCUAUGCAAAUUGGUGUUCAAGUAAAUUUUUUUAGCUGUGGUGGGAUUGGAAUUGGCCUUUCUUUGUUGCAUACACUUAUAGAUGCAACAACCAUGAGUUGUUUCAUUAAGUGUUGGGCUGCAUUUAGUGAAGAUGAAGGGAUAUUAUUUGAGAAAUUAGGGUGUGGUGGUGGUGAUUAUAGUGUAACUUGUUCACUAUUCCCAUAUAGAGAAAUUUCAGAUGGGUUUCGUUUGAUAUCAUCAGAAACUCCAUUUGUAGUGGAGAAAGGAAAAAAAAGCACUACUAGAAGAUUUUAUUUUGAUGGUAAGGCAAUAUCAAAUCUAAAAGAGAAAGCUAAAUCUACAAGGGCUCCUAAUCCAACAACUGUUGAAGUUACAACUUGCUUCAUAUGGAAAUAUGCCAUGAAAGCUGCCUCAAGAUGUAAAUCAUUGGAUGUUAAUAAAGAACGGCGAAGCUUUGCCAAUUCAGAGUGGCAGUCAGUUUUGGUUCACAUAGUGAACAUGAGGAAAAGAAUAAACCCACCACUCUCAGAAAACAACAUUGGCAACAUUUAUUGGAGGAGUUGUGCAUAUUUCAAAUCAUUAUCAAACAAAGACACUCAUUUGACUGAUCUACAAACCAUACUCAGACAAUCAAUAUCUGAGAUCAACAAUAAGAAUUUCAUCCAACAAGCAAUAACAUCCCAAACUACUCUUUUGAGUUCCUUACGACGAUUACAUCGACAUUACGCGAAGUGUUCCGAGUCUUAUUUGUUUACGAGUUGGCGUAACAUGGGUUUCAAUGAAGUGAAUUUUGGAUGGGGAAAGCCUGUGUGGGUUGCUGCUGGAGGAAAUGUCUUUGACUCUAUUACAAGAAACUUAGUUAUUUUAAUGGAUACGAUGGUGGGUAAUGGACUUGAAGCAUGGGUUGUGUUGGAUGAUGAGACGAUGAACUUGUUGGAAAACGAUUAUGAGUUUCUUCAGUUUGCUUCACCAAACCCGAGCAUUUGCUAGAGACGAUAUACGACUCUUUAUAUAUCUCUACGAUGAUAUGAUUAUUGUCUAAUUUAUCAAUAUUAGUUUGAAUUUAAGAGAAUUUAAGGGAUGUUUGAUAAUGUUUAUCUUUUAAGGAAAAAAAAUUUAUCUUUAAUAUUUAUGCUUCAAACAAAAUGUGACGUAUGUUCAAGUCCAUGUUAUUGUAGUCAUGAGGUUGAUAUAUUUGGAAGCAUAAAAUAUUGAUAUGAGCGGAUAUCCCUUGAUUUUAUUAUUAUUAUUA